ACGUCUAUUUUUUGCGCUGCCAGACUCAAGAAUCUUCUGCCGCGCUCUGGGAGGACCGUGCGGAAUUAAAGCCAGUUCAGUUGUGGAAUACACACUGUGAGCGCAGACGACGACUUGAUCCGAGGAGUUAUACCAUUACCUCAAGCUUAUCCGCGGACGUCUUUCAGUUGCGUUUAUUUUUGUUGUUCAGAUAAAUGCGUCGACGAAGAAAAGGGUGCUUGAGGCGAGUCGUCGGAACACUGAGCAAGAGGGAAAGUGUUGUUUUAUUUGGCUAAUAUCGGCGUCAGAUCGUAUUGGGAACGUUUUGGAUUUCACAUUAGACAUAGUCUAGCUUCAACACAAACUGAGUUUUAGAACAUUAUCCCCCUGUUCGUCUGCUUGCUCGUUUGGGCGCUGGUAAGGUGCAGCCACGCCGGGUAAAGGCACGGCGCGACGGCCGCCUUCCCUCGGCUAGCUCCCCUGCUCCUUCUGUCCCAGCAAUCGAGGCCUCAUCGAUGAGGCGACAAUGCUCGACAUAAUGUCCGAACACCAAGAUUCGCUGUUAACAUGUAAAACAGAGCCUCUGGCCCCUGAAAGGAAGAAAAGGACAGUUGAAGACUUCAACAAGUUCUGCAGUUUUGUGCUGGCGUAUGCCGGUUACAUACCAAAUCCAAAAGAGGAGAGCUCAUGGUCGCCGACGUCCUCCAGCUCCGCACACAGUUCAGGAUUGUCAGCUGAUGGUGCAAGUGGGGGAAACACCUCCAUGGGCAACGCUUGGACUGAUGGAAACUCCGACAUCCACACAAUCCACACCUUUGUACGGAAAGCGCGAGCAAACAAGGGCAAAAACAUUCGGCGCAUGCACUCAGAGAGCACUCUCCUGGACAAGAUGCGACUUAAAGACUCUUUAUAUGAGAAUGAGUCUGGCAACAAAGUGGAGCGCAAAAAGGACAAAAAGUUGAAAAAGCUGUCUCUGGGUUCUGCCAUGAUGGCGGCAGACAGUGGCAGCAGUGAUGGCGAAAAGAGAGCCCGCAUCAAACGCAGCAAAAACUCAAAGCAGCCGAAAGCCAAGAAGCUCAAGAGCUCUGCUGCUCAUAGUGAGACGGAGUCUGAGACACGACGCACAGACGCACAACCCUCCAGAGACGGUUUGGAUGUGCAGGGAACCUCCCCGUCAAGCAUUGAGGGUCUGGAGAAGAUUCAGCCAGGCGAUUCAAUCAGGGAUGCCGAGAUGAGCUCCAGUGAGGGAGAAACCUGGAUUGCUGAUGAGGACAUCAUGGUGGAAUCAGGCGACGACUCCUGGGACUUGAUCACUUGCUAUUGUGGGAAGCCAUUCGCAGGUCGUCCCAUGAUUGAGUGUAACCAAUGCGGCAUCUGGGUUCACCUAUCUUGCGCCAAGAUCAAGAAAUCCAACGUUCCUGAUGUUUUUUACUGCCACAAGUGCAGGGACUCUCGCCGGUCAGGACACAAAAAAGACACUUAAGAGUGACAAGGCCUGAACUUCACUUCCUUCUUUGAUGCCUCCUGCCAAAUCAGCCUAAAUGAUCAUGUCGUCCCUUGGUAGGAUUCCUUUGACAAUCACUAAAUCUUAUUUAUCCCUUUGCUUUUCAACACACGGCUUGUUGACUGUUUGAUUUGUUAUCAAUGCCAAUAUUUGGUUUUGGAUUGUGCAUAUUUGGUACAUUUCAUUUUUUCAUAAAAGAAGAAAAGUAAAUUUAACUUAAAGUUUUAUUUUAAGUAAUCAUCAGGUCUUUGAGAAUAGUUAAUGCCCGUGACUUAAUUUCCUCUCCUGGCCUGUAUGAAGGUGUCCGCGUAAUAGAGGGGCAGCUCAGUUUUUGUUAAGUUUUUACUUUCUUCCCAUCAGUGGCGUUCACUGAUGCUCACAUCCACUCUAUUUUCACUCUGGUAGUGAUUUUGAUUUUUUUUUUUUGUAAUUUUUUUUUUUUUUUAAUCAGAUUGGCCAACGUGAAAGGUCCUGCAUCUAAAUAAUAUUGCACACUGCUAAUUGCUUUAGUAGUUUGAACACAAGCCCAGAUACGUUGUAUGUGAGUUUUUAUGUGGCUCAUGGAUGAAUCUGUGGUGUAGCUGCGGCUGAUGGAAUCUGUACUUUGAAAUGCAGCUGUGUGUUUUUGUGACUGAGCGCUUAAAAGUUUCCGUCUGCCUUGUUGGUCACUCUGAGGGCAGUCCAUCAUCAGCAGCAUUUUCUUACUCAUCAGAUAUGAUGUUACAAGUGGGUUUUUUUUUUUUUCUUGUCUUCUAUCUCAUCGAGUGGCUGUACGAAUGCUCUGGCAGUGUCACAUUGAAGUGGCCCUGAAGAUUUUUUUUUUUUUUGUAUGAUUGUAAUAUAUGUUUUUUAUUUUUCAUGUUUUAUUUCUUAGCUUUGGUUUAAAAAGCAGCGGCAGUGUUCGUCUGAGGCAGAACGGAAGCGCGUCCUGCAUGGAGAACAAAGGUGUUCUGUACAGAAUGUUCAUUUAAGCUGCUUCAGCGUGGCAAUUUUUAUUUUUUUCUGUUUUGGUUCUGCCAUGUACUUCUUUUGUUGUGGAGAGUCUUGGUAAGUCCAGUAGCAGUUGCACUCUACAACUUCAACUCUGUACAUAUCCUGCUCUUCUUUGACGACUGUACAUAUGUGAAAGUCCAGAUAGAAAUUAAUAACCAGGCAAAGUCUAUAUUUUCUUGCAGUCUGAUAUUGUUUUCUUUAAUUGUAGCUUAAACAAUAAAAGUCUUUGGGAAAUUAUUCUUGUCACUUCUCGCGUGGUUUUCAGCUCAUUUGAGCUUGUUUAGAUUUUAAGUGUGAAUGCCCUAUGACAGCUGGAGGAAGAUGGCCGCCAGUGUUUCAAUGCAUCAUGCGUGUAUCUUGUCACCUGACGAGACUUCAGUGGUUAUGGCGGGGCAGGAGGA